UUUGUUUGUAUCGCAUAGCCUUGAAAUAAAGGAGUUAUUUUUGUCACUUUAAUCUGCAUUUGUGUCCUGCUUCCUACACACACCGUAACAUUACGAACCGACCAAAUAUGGGCCCAGCAGAUCCUUUGGAGCAGGAAAUAUUGGAUUUUUCCUUUUCGUUGGCUCACUGCUCUGAUCUAUGGAGGGGAGCGUCCAGGGUUCAGCAGCGAGAGGUUGCUCAGGCAGAGGCGCGCCGGAUAACCAUAAAGAAACCAGCCUUAGUUAAAUUCUUACCUGCCUGGUUUUUGGAUUACCUCACGGUUUGUUUUCCCGAUCCUGAUAGACCCAGGUCUCCCAAUUCCCUUUUUGAUACCACACGCAUCGGUGUGGUCCGUCUGGAGUCAGCCCCUGCUUCUUCCCCAGUUUUUGCUCUAGUGCAGGAGCCAUUCGAUGGUACUCGUCUGGCUUUUGGAGGUCCACGGAGCCUUCAAACGGCUCCUAAAGGAAGGAGUCGCAAGGCCAGGUUAGCAGCACAAGCCCAAAGAGCCAUAGUUCCAGAACCAGUUCAGCCCCCAGCAGCCAUGGUUACAGAACCAGUUCAACCCCCAGCAGCCCUGGUUACAGAACCAGUUCAACCCCCAGCAGCCAUGGUCCUUGCUCCAGAACCGGUCUCGGCAGCAAUGGAUUCGGCUCCAGAGCCGGCCCAUACAGCCAUGUUUCCGGCUCCAGUACCGGACCUUACAGCCAUGUUUCCGGCUUCAGAACCGGACCUUACAGCAAUGAUCCAGGCUUCAGUUCCGGUACCCUCAGCCAUG